CAUUCAUUCGUUGGUUGAACUUCAGAGGAAGCGCACGUGACCUUCAGGACAACUUCAGGCUAGGGCUAAGCUAGCUUUUAUGGGCACGGAUACAAGCCAAGAUAUUUGUCAUAAUAGAUAGUUGGCGGUUUUCUAACAUUUAUUUUGUUGUUUUACCGUGAAUAACUGCGCAAUAGUUAAGUAAACGUGAACUUAUACAGGAAAUAGUAGCGAAUACAAACAUUUAUGCUUUCUAGCUAGCUAACGAGCAGCUAAUGUUAGCUAUCUAUCGCUAAACGACUUUCAGCCUUCUUUGUCCUGAUUUCUCCCAUUAAUAUAUUCAUGGCGUUUCCCAGAGAACUUCUCCAUCAUGGCUCUGAUAAAGGCCCAGGCUGGUCUCCAAGCUUUCCUCCUCUCUAUCUACAGUGAGCAGGGCAUUCAGCAACUGGGCAUUGAAAUGGGACGCUCGCCUGUUUUUCUGUACGAAGACCAGAAUGGAAAGCCAGCUCCUGAGGACUACCCGCUUUUCAAAGGCAUCAACCUGGCUGAUGGCAAGUGGCAUCGCAUUGCCUUCUCCGUUUCCAAGAAAAACGUGACUCUGCUGUUGGACUGCAAGAAGAAGAUGACCCGUCCUCUUCCCCGGGGCAACAAUGCUGUGAUUGACACCAAUGGCAUCACAGUGUUUGGAGCUCGUCUGCUUGAUGAGGAGGUUUUCCAGGGAGACAUCCAGCAGCUGUUAAUUGCCUCCAACCCUCAGGCGGCCUAUGACUUCUGUGAACACUACAGUCCUGACUGUGACUCCCCUCUUCCCAAGACCCAGGCUCAGGACCCAAACACAUACGGCAUGUUAAUAGAAGGUCCCCCAGGGCCUGAAGGGCCUGCAGGACCGUCUGGACCACCUGGAUCAUCUGGACCUCCUGGUUCUGUGGGAGACCCUGGAGAGAGGGGUCCUCCUGGUAAAGCUGGUCUGCCUGGGGCUGAUGGAGUCCCUGGACCUCCUGGAACCUCAGUCAUGCUUCCUUUCCGUUUUGGGCAGGGCGGCGGCGAUAAGGGUCCCGUUGUCUCUGCACAGGAGGCCCAGGCAGCCGCCAUCUUGUCUCAGGCUAGGAUGGCACUGAAAGGACCUCCUGGACCAAUGGGAUUCACCGGGCGCCCUGGACCUGUGGGAAGUCCAGGAAGCUCUGGGCUGAAGGGAGAAAGUGGAGAUCCUGGUCCUCAGGGCCCCAGAGGAUCACAGGGGUUGCUGGGUCCUCCGGGUAAAUCAGGAAGAAGAGGUCGCGCUGGUGCUGAUGGGCCUCGGGGAAUGCCCGGAGAGCCCGGAUCUAAAGGCGAUCGUGGCUUUGAUGGUCUUCCUGGUUUGCCUGGUGACAAAGGACACAGGGGUGACCCGGGACCAAUGGGACCACCAGGAUCUCAAGGAGAAGAUGGAGAGAGGGGAGACGAUGGAGACGUCGGACCCAGGGGUCUCCCAGGUGAACCCGGACCCCGUGGUCUGCUCGGGCCUAAAGGUCCUCCAGGAAUCUCUGGACCUCCUGGUGUACGAGGAAAUGAUGGCCCUCAUGGUCCCAAAGGAAAUUUGGGUCCUCAAGGUGAGCCCGGACCUCCAGGCCAGCAGGGAACUCCAGGAACUCAGGGAAUGCCAGGACCUCAGGGAGCUAUUGGACCUCCAGGAGAGAAAGGUCCCACUGGAAAACCGGGUUUACCAGGAAUGCCUGGAGCGGACGGCCCUCCUGGUCACCCAGGAAAGGAGGGUCCGUCAGGCACUAAAGGAAACCAGGGUCCCAACGGUCCUCAAGGAGCCAUCGGCUAUCCUGGCCCUCGUGGCAUCAAGGGAGUGCAAGGAAUCCGCGGUCUAAAGGGUCACAAAGGAGAGAAGGGAGAAGAUGGCUUCCCAGGAAUUAAGGGAGAUUUUGGCAUCAAGGGAGAGAGGGGUGAGAUUGGAGUUUCAGGGCCCAGAGGAGAAGAUGGCCCAGAGGGACCAAAGGGUCGUGUUGGACCUCCUGGAGAACUCGGACCAAUUGGGCUUGCUGGAGAGAAGGGUAAACUUGGUGUACCUGGACUUCCUGGAUACCCUGGAAGACAAGGACCCAAGGGAUCUCUUGGAUUCCCUGGAUUUCCUGGUUCUAAUGGAGAGAAGGGAACGCGGGGUGUUUCUGGAAAACAAGGACCAAGAGGACAAAGAGGACCAACGGGUCCUCGAGGGCAGAGAGGACCGAGGGGAUCAACAGGAAAACUAGGAGCAAAGGGAACGUCUGGAAGUGACGGCCCUCCUGGUCCUCCUGGAGAGAGGGGAUUACCCGGACCUCAAGGAGCCAACGGCUUCCCCGGACCAAAGGGACCUCCAGGACCACCAGGAAAGGACGGACUGCCUGGACAUCCUGGACAGAGAGGAGAAGUCGGGUUCCAAGGUAAAGUGGGUCCACCUGGGCCUCCGGGAGUUGUAGGACCUCAGGGUCCAUCCGGUGAAACGGGCCCCAUGGGUGAGCGUGGGCACCCUGGACCUCCAGGUCCUCCAGGAGAGCAGGGACUUUCUGGUCCGUCAGGAAAAGAGGGCACCAAGGGAGACCCCGGACCUCCAGGAGGCCCUGGUAAAGAUGGGCCUCCUGGUCUGAGAGGAUUCCCUGGAGAGAGAGGACUUCCUGGAACCCCUGGUGGUGGAGGACUGAAGGGAAGCGAAGGACCUGCUGGACCUCCUGGACCUGCUGGUUCUCCUGGUGAGAGAGGUUCUGCUGGAACCGCUGGACCUGUGGGACCUCCUGGCAGACCAGGUCCUCAAGGAACACCAGGACAAGCUGGAGAGAAGGGCGUUCCAGGCGAGAAAGGCCCCAUUGGCCCAGCAGGGCGGGAUGGAGUCCAGGGUCCAGUGGGUCUGCCCGGCCCUGCUGGAUCACCUGGAGUACCUGGAGAGGAUGGAGAUAAGGGUGAAGUUGGAGAACACGGUCAGAAGGGAGCCAAGGGGGGGAAAGGAGAGCAUGGUCCUCCUGGUCCACCUGGCCCAAACGGUCCAGUUGGCCAACCCGGUCCUGCUGGGGCAGAUGGAGAGCUGGGACCAAGGGGGCAGCAGGGACCUUUUGGAGCUAAAGGUGACGAAGGAACUCGAGGAUUCCCGGGAGCUCCGGGACCUAUCGGACUUCAGGGCCUGCCUGGACCAUCGGGUGAGAAGGGAGAGACCGGAGACGUUGGGCCAUUGGGUCCUCCUGGACCUCCAGGACCCCGCGGACCUGCUGGACCCAACGGAGCCGACGGACCUCAAGGUCCUCCUGGUGGUUUGGGUAAUCCUGGACCUCUUGGAGAGAAGGGAGAGCCUGGUGAGGCGGGAGCACCUGGAGUUGUUGGAGAACCAGGAAAGAAGGGUCUUCGUGGAGAACGCGGAGAGAAGGGAGAAGCUGGACAACCUGGAACUGCUGGACCUGCUGGAGGACGAGGACGACCUGGAGAUGAUGGACCCAAAGGAAACCCAGGCCCAGUUGGUUCCCCUGGAGAUCCUGGUGCUCCUGGUGAGGUUGGACCCAGAGGUCAAGAUGGCGCCAAAGGAGAGAGAGGAGAGGACGGUGAAGCAGGAGAGUCGGGUUCUCCAGGACCUCCCGGUGAGAACGGACCACCUGGUCCUCCAGGAAAAAGGGGACCUGCUGGGACCAGAGGACCGGAGGGCCGACAAGGAGAGAAGGGAACCAAAGGGGAUCCAGGUGCCGUCGGGCCCCCAGGGAAGACCGGCCCCGUUGGUCCUCAGGGUCAGCCGGGAAAACCGGGAACAGAAGGUCUCAGAGGACUUCCAGGAUCAGUGGGAGAGCAAGGAUCUCCAGGAUCUGCUGGACAGACGGGCCCACCUGGACCUAUCGGACCUCCCGGUCUACCUGGCCUGCGUGGAGAUCCUGGUGCAAAGGGUGAGAAGGGUCACCAGGGUCUCAUCGGUCUGAUCGGACCUUCAGGAGAGCAGGGAGAGAAAGGAGACCGGGGCAUGCCUGGGCCUCAUGGAUCCACCGGACCUAAAGGAGAACCUGGGAUGGCUGGAGGUACUGGACCUCUGGGUCCUGCUGGUCCUCCUGGGCUUCCUGGUCCGCAAGGUGUCAAAGGAGCAAAGGGCUCCAGUGGAGGAGCAGGUCCAAAGGGAGAGAAGGGUGUGCAAGGACCUCCUGGGCCUCCUGGUCCCCCAGGCGAGGCCAUUCAGCCUCUGCCUAUUCUGAGGAGUCCCAAGACUAAACGCUCCAUCGAUGCCAGCCAGCUGCUGCCUGAGUUCGACCCCGACGCGCCAGCCUCCGACACCGCUGGUACGGAGUUCCUGUUGGGCAGUGAAGGCAUGGAGGAGAUCUUCGGAUCCCUGAACUCACUAAGGCAGGAGAUCGAGACGAUGCGUUUCCCUCUGGGGACUCGGGACAGUCCGGCUCGCACCUGCCAGGACCUGCAGCUCAGCCAGCCGGACCUCCAGGAUGGAGAGUACUGGAUUGACCCAAACCAAGGCUGCUCCAGAGACUCCUUCAAGGUCUUCUGUAAUUUCACUAAAGGAGAGACGUGUCUGUACCCCAGAGACGUUGACACGGUGAAGAUGAGCUCCUGGGACAAGGAGACUCCAGGGUCGUGGUACAGUCAGUUCACCACUGGUAGCAAGUUCUCCUACGUGGAUUUGAACGGCGAGCCCGUGGGCGUGGUCCAGCUGGGCUUCCUGCGCCUCCUGAGCGUCCAGGCCCGUCAGAACCUCACCUACCACUGCCACCGCUCCGUGGCCUGGGCCGACCGAAGCGCCAAGAACAACCACAAGAGGGCGCUGCACUUCAGAGGCGCCAACGAGGAAGAGCUGAGCUACGAGACCAGCCCUUACAUCAAAGCCUUGGUGGACGGCUGCUCUUACCGGAAAGGCUUCGACAGGAUGGUCCUGGAGAUCAACACGCCUCAGGUGGAGCACCUCCCUCUGCUGGACAUCAAGGUGUCAGACUUUGGGGAGAGCAACCAGCAGUUUGGGUUUGAAGUUGGACCUGUCUGUUUCCAAGGCUGAACGCUCUCUCUCACACACACACACACACACACGAUAAACAUACAGGCCCAGUAAUUUGUAAAUUAACUUGUAAAUGAUAUAAACACACACACACUCGCCUACGUGCCUCUGGAGCCCUCCCAGCAAAACAUGGACCAAACAGAGGAAACAUCGACUGGGAGGAAAAUAAACAGGAAGAACGACGUUCCUGGGAAUCAAACAAAGUGUUCUUCAACAGGCCUGGACCCAGGCUUACUCCUCCCUGCUGACACCUUCAUCCACUUCCUGCUCCACCUCCCCUCCUCUUUAAGAAAAGGUCCACGAUCAGACGUUACCCUACUUCUGUAAUUCCCACAUGCAGCAACAGGACCAACAGUUUCACACCCGAAUCUAUUCUUCUAAAGCCAGAUUUGUCCUAAUCUAAGCAUCGGUUACGUCACAUCCUGUCACUUCUAAUAAAGCAAGCAGGGAACGGACCACAUGCCACCAUCAGGCUCUGAUCGGAGUCGUCUUUCUGCUCUAAAAGCUUUAUUAUCUAACAGUGUGCCUCAGAGCUCAAACGGAUCAUUAGAAUAUAUAUAUGUGGUGCUUUUUAAAGGUUAGUGAGACCAGAGAGACGGUGAAGCGAGACUAAAGCCAUCACGUACCUGAGUGGCCUCCAGACACCACUUCAGUAUUCCGGUGCUGAUCCAGACCCGGUGUUUUCUGUUCCUGCAGCAGAGAAUAAAAAUGCACACGUUACUGAGUGAAACUGUGGAAAGGUGCUAAUUCUAUAAAAUAAAGUCCUCCAUUUUAGUCUCUUCUAGGGAAAUGUGCAUUACAUUUGUACAGAAAUAGUGAUAUUCUAUUGUAUUUAUUUAAAACCAACUGGGUGCUUUGAGAUUAAAAUAAGAACCGAGGACUAUUUCUAGCAGACGUGACUUUCAGUUGUAUUUAUUUGAUGCAGCUCGACUGCACAGCUGUGAUGCUUCUGUUCACACCUCCACCAACCAAAGAAUCUGGCCGUGACUAAAACUGUAAUCCCUCCCUUAUCUAGUUUCAUCUGUACUGUGCUGUUUCCACUGCCAUGAUUAAACGGUGACUCCACUUCUCA